GAAGUUUUGAGGUCACGAGAAGAUGGUCCUGGGUAAAAGAAAGAAAUCCAGCCAAAUCAGCAGGAAACCAGCUAAACCAGAACGGGAUCAUCGACUCCUCCAAAUUCCUGACCACAUUUCUACAUUACUGUCCCCUUCUUUCCACGUGAAAAAUACAGUCUUCCCCGCGAAAAUCAUUCCCACUUUCCCUCGUCUCGUCAACCGGGUUUCAUCGGGAUCACGUUAAACUUCGUGAGGAUUCACGAGAAAGCGUCUAGCAUUGGCAUCAUCGUAAAGGCACGAACUUUGGCGAACGUCCUUGCGAUUUGCGUAUGACCCAUUAAAGCGCUCUUCUGCAUCUGGAAUUGAUUCUGCGUCGGGAGGCGGGUUGGUUCUUGGGAUUAUCCGUUCGAUCCAUCUGGAGCGGCCGAAGAGUUCCCAUCUUUCUACGUGCCCAGAAACUAGUAGCGGAUCUCUGGGGUUUUGAUGGAUUUGGAGCCCGUCAUUUCAAGAGCUCUCCCCGUUCUUUUCUCCCCGGUCUCUCGUUUCUGGGUUUAUCUUGAUUGAUGAGGCUACAAAUGGAUCUGUGUCCUUGUUUCGGCUCGAAGAAAGGGAAGAAGCUGAAACGCCAGGAGGACACAGAUUUCAGCAAGGGAUCCAAGCUUUCAGGAAAUGUUCCUCCUAAUACGUUCCAAGAAUCGAGAUUGGAAUCAUCGGUUUCAAAAGAACGAUGCGAGGUCACCCACGAGGCUCAAGUAUUUAGCUACCGGGAACUUGCGACUGCGACAAAAGAUUUUAGGGACGAAUCCUUGAUCGGGCAAGGUGGAUUUGGUUCCGUUUACAAAGGGCAAUUAAAGACAGGUCAGGUAGUAGCCGUUAAACAGCUGAACAAAGCCGGUCACCAAGGUCACCAUGAGUUUCUGGUGGAAGUUUUAAUGCUCUCUCUUCUGCGUCAUCGUAAUCUAAUCAGUUUGAUUGGUUACUGCGCUGAAGGCGAGCAGCGUCUGCUUGUGUACGAAUACUUGCCCAUGAAAUCCUUGGAUGAUCUCUUGCACGAUCUUCCUCCUGAUAGGGAGCCGCUUGAUUGGAACACGAGGAUGGCCAUAGCUGCCGGCGUGGCAAGGGGAUUGAACUAUCUGCACAAUGAAGCGGAUACGCCCGUUAUCCAUAGGGACAUGAAAACAUCCAAUAUAUUGUUGGAUGAAAAAUACCAACCAAAGCUUUCUGAUUUCGGUCUAGCCAAGUUUGGUCCGACUGGGGAUAAAACACAUGUCUCGACCAGGGUUUUGGGAACCCAGGGCUAUUGUGCCCCCGAGUAUGGACUAAGUGGGAAAUUGACGAAGAAGUCUGACAUCUACAGCUUCGGGGUGGUUUUGCUGGAGAUUAUUACCGGGCGUAGAGCUCUGGAAUAUGUCGAUGGUCAUGCUAAUUACAUUGUUGAAUGGGCGCGUCCAAUCAUUAAAGACCGCAAGAACUGCGCAGUAUCGGCAGAUCCGAUGCUCGGAGGUCAGUUUCCAGAAUCCAUUUUAAGGAAGGCCCUCGACAUGGCGGCAAUGUGCAUUAGAGAAGAGCCGAGCAAGCGUCCUCCCAUCGACGAAGUCUUGCUCGCUCUCGAUUACUUGGCGUCCCAAAAGUAUCAUCCCCACACAUCCACCAAGGUCAGCACAAAGGAAGCACACAAGGACAGACCUCCGAACGAGACGACGGCAAUGCUAGACAAGGAGCUGGAGCGCGAGCAAGCCAUAGCAGAGGCCAAAAUGUGGGGGGAGAGCUGGAGAGACAAGAGACGGCAGAUUACUCUAAGCAACCCCGAUGACUUGAGUAGGUGACGGCUGGGACAAGUCGCUCUAUGCUGGUCCCUCUUUACGUUGAGAGCAGAGACUUCCGGGAAUAUCGGUUUCUGAUAUAUUAGCCUAGAUGGUUAGGCACUGGUAGCGAGACAUUGCAACAUCGAUCGAUGCUAGCAACUCUUCACAUCUCGAGUGUACGAUCUCGUUCGAUGUCAGGAAGUCAGGAGCGACCAUUUUUUUCUUUUUCAACUCUCUCCUUUCCAUCUUGCCAUGUACAUUCGACCUUGUCGGGUUUGAAGCAUGCUGGCCAAGAACAGAGACAGAUCUGCACUCACAAACUCGGCAGCCUUAAGUCUUUUAGCUGAACAUCAUAUCAAAAUUCAAAGAUAAUGUGUCCAUGUUCUGUGCUGUUAGUUUGACACCCUUUUUCUCUCUU